GGUGUGUGCAAAAAACAGCACCAUAUGGUGUUUAGUUGGGUAUGAUUUGCAUUAGAAAAGUUUGGUUGGCUUGGCUAUCAUGCAAUAGUACAUUGAUUUCAACUUCUCCUAUUUCGCCUUGGCCUGGACGCGCUAAAACUGUUGGACAUUCAAGACAGGCAUGGAUUCACACCGUCUAAAAAUAGCAUUGCAAAACACGAAUUCAUACUGUAGAGUGUAGGCUGAAAACUGCAUCGGUAGCUUCUGUAUUGUUAUUAUUCGCGUAGCUUGAAGCAAAUUAAUAGGUAAUAAACUCCGAUUAAUUGAUAGAGAUCAUACAUAAACUUCAAUCCGUCUUUAUCGGAACAGUUAUCAAUUGGAAAUGUCAAACCAACUCUGAUUAAGCGGAAAUCAGAACUUGCCAGAAGAAGGUAGAACAAGUAUUGAUUAACAAUGGCGAAGUUAACAACAUAGCAACCUAUUGGAAAUUAGUUCACUUCGUUUCAUGGAAGAAGAAACUCGUGGGGAGUAAAACAAAAAGAAAAGAAAAAAAAGGUGUAUUUCAUUCUAUUCAUUUGCUGGCAAGAGUUCUGGAAGAAAAAUGAUACAACAGUUAUUAUCGUCACUCCUGGUCUUUGUUCUUCGUGUGCCACAUUGUCAUGGGGGCUGUGCGGAGGUGGACUCCAUGACCGAGGCCGUGGCCGGGGAGAGCUUCCUCAUGGGCUGCAUCUCCUGUAAGAGGAGAGAGGAGGUCCAGGCCCAUGCCACGGUUGACUGGCACUUCAGAGCUACAGGAGAGGAGGAGUACAUCCACAUCUUUCACUAUGACCACCCACACCCCAACACCCUCCAUGAGGACUUUAAUGACCGGCUAGAGUGGCAAGGAACAAUGGGGAGUAAGGAUGUACAGAUAGGAGCCGUCUUCAUUCACAACGUCACAUUUAACGACACAGGCACCUACCGCUGCACCUUCCAGCGCACCCUCUUCCUCCCAUUGGAUAAUGAAUAUAUCACCGUGGAAAAGGAGGUGGAGCUUACUGUGGUGGCGGAAGCCAAUCGGGAGCUGUUGUCGGUGGUGUCAGAGAUCAUGAUGUACGUGCUGAUCGUGGUGCUGCAGCUGUGGAUGAUCGUGGUGCUGAUCCACUGCUACAAAAAGAUCUGGGCUGAACACGAGGCGCGGGACGCCCGCAAAGCCCUGAGGGCCCAAAAACGGGCCCUAAUAAACCAACCUUUGGACUCAAAGGACAAUUGUGAUGGAGUGCUUCUGGAGUGACUUGUUGUUACGGUAAACAUCAAAGGUGGAGAACUCUGUCACAAGCAACUGUUACCACUACACUACAAGGCUAUUACAUCUUAGAAAUAUAAUUGGAAUGUCUUAGCAUAGUGUGUAACACAUUUUACAAUGUUCUUGAUUUACUGUAUGAGGUAGUUGCAGCUGGUGUGAGUGGUGAUUAGAUUGACAGGUGGUGCCGAAUAGCCUUUAGCUUGUCAACACAACAGAGAAUGUCAUCAUGUGAUAGAUCAGCAGUUCGGACAAAGCUCUGAUUACAGAUGGUUCCACCUGAGCUACAUAGAACUCUUUGGCAGGAACAACCGUGCAUCUGCAACCAUCUUAUUAUUUGACAUGAUCAACCUAUACUUUGGCUUGCCUAAGCAUGUCAUGUUUUAGGAAUGUAAUGAAUGUUGAGUUGCAGGUUGAAGUGUUGUGUUAACGUCUAGACCUGCAACUGUAUAUUUCUUUCGUAGUGUUUGUAGGCAGAAUUGUAACUGUCAUAUAUGGAGCAAGUCAAAAUAAAAUAAAAUUUGCUCACACACUCGGGCUUGUGUAUGAAGGAUG